CGCUUUCUGAAAAGCUAAAUUGACGUCGGGUUUCACCUUUGAGGUUUUCCAGCAGGCCCCGCCAGCGCUGCUCUUUUGCACAGCUUCCUUUCACAGUUGAGGCUGUCGGGGUGUUUUCAGAGCGGGUGGGUGUCAGCCGUGACAGACUUAACUGUUGAUAACAACACUGCAGUCGAAAACCUUAUCAGGCUUUUCUCUCAAGUCAAGAAUCCCGCAGCGAGCUGUCACCCCGACGGCCCGGACUCCUGCUGGCUGCGGCUCCACCGCUGAGGAGCCUCGAGGUUCGGUCGGUCCUCGGCCUCCGGUGUGGCUCCACGCCGAAGUCGGUGUCAUUUUGGUCAUGUUUUCCGCUCAGAAUGGAUCACGGCAACGCCUGGAAAUGUUCUGCUGUGAUGUGCGAGAGCUCAACCCUUUACACGGGAAACCUUUAUGUCAGGAGAAGAAGUCGUCAUUUCGCUUUUGGUUUCAGUUUCUGGUUCUUUUUUGCCUGCUGAUCCUCUGUCUCUUCUACACUGUGUGCAACAACACACAGUCACAUGGGGAAGGUUUUUCUCUCCAAAAUACCUACAGCUGCCUUUUUGUCCAAACUCCUCGGGGUAAUGCACCACCUUAUCGAGUCCACCUGAAACACAGAAUUGUGCCUAAUGAUGUGAAUGAAAACACAGAGCCACACCCCACGCAGCAACAGCGCCUUCAGUACCAUGAAGCUUAUCCGCACAACUACAGGUUUGUCAUGGAGAACGCCGAGGUUUGCAAAGUCAACUCCCCUUUCCUGGUCCUGAUGGUGCCGGUGGCGCCGAAAGACGUUUUGGCUCGGGACGCCAUCCGGGCAACGUGGGGCAAAGACCGAGUGGUUCAGGGCGAGACGGUACUCACUCUGUUCGUGUUGGGUCUCGAUAAAAGCUACGAUGUCGAGAAGCUGCAACGGGAGAACCAGGAGCACGACGACCUGAUCCAGAGUAACUUCCUGGACACGUAUCGCAACCUGACCAUUAAAACCAUGGUGAUCAUGGACUGGCUGGCCACGCGCUGCCCUGCAGCAGCCUACGCCAUGAAGGUGGACUCCGACAUGUUCCUGAACGUUGAUAACCUGGUGAUUAUGUUGAAGAAGCCAGGGAUCCCCCACAACAACUACCUGACAGGAAUGCUUAAGGGGAAUGUGCCCGUUAUCCGAGACAAGAACUCCAAGUGGUACGUUCCCGAGGAGUUGUACCCUGAGCCCAGGUAUCCCACAUACCCCCUGGGCAUGGGGUACGUCUUUUCCAACGACCUUCCCGCUAAAUUAGUGGAGGUCUCAAAAUCUAUCAAGCCUUUUAACAUAGAAGAUGCUUAUAUUGGGAUGUGCAUUAAAAUACUCGGACUUUCACUGACGUCUCCUCCGGAUUACUCUCAGUUUAGGGACUAUAACACAAGAUAUGAUCGCUGUGAAUUCUCUAAGGUCAUUACGUACAUUCUUGGUUCUUCAGAACAACUGAUCCAUUAUUGGACAGACUACAAGAAACCUGGACCUCACUGUUAGGAAUCUGGCUAAUCAAAAUGCACGUAAAACCAACUUUAACAGUGAUAUGGGAUUGUUUUUUUAUAUGAUUUUAUAUGAUUUAAUGAUGAUUUAAAAAACAACAACAUUCUUACACUGAAAUCUUUUGUUUCAGAUUGCUGUCCCACUGAGCAGCAUUGAAGCUCACUUGAAUAUAUGCACUCUAAAGAUAAUUUUUCUUUUUUGAUUGUUUUUUAUUUCACUCCUACAUCCGCCUAACAGAUUUAUGUUUAUCAAAAACUUUUGCAACAGUCGCAUGUAGCAAAAGGUGUAAUCUAGUCAGGUUUAUCUUGUUCAAACCACUUCCAGUGCUAACGUACAAAUACUUCUGCAUAUUUUCAACAUUUAUUCAUGUUAAAUCCUGGAAAUGUGACUAUGACUACUCCAGUGUGAUUGAUCUUGAACUGUUUUUUUUUUUUUUUAAAUAAGAUUUUGGAUUUUUUCAUUGCUAGAUGUGGGAUUCUGGUGGAGACGCACUCUAAAAGACCUGCACCAGGACGGUUAGUUCAGCAAAUGAAUAACUCAUGGUCACUGAAUGCAAAUGCAAAAGCACUGCCAUAUCACAAAAAACAACAAUGCAUUCAAAGGAUCUGAUAAAAAAAAACUAUAAUUGACCAAGAGCGAGUUUGUAAACAAAGCCUGAAAUAAAAUUAUUUAAAAUUCAA